AUGAUUAUCCGCUACUCGUUGCCCCUGGCACACACGCGUUUUCCAAAUCGUGCUUUUUUUCGCCCUCAGUUUAUUUUUUAGUGUGCGAAUUAAACAAUUUAAUUAGUUAAACGAUAAAUUCACAAUAUGUAUGUGCUAAACAAUAAAUGACAAAUGAGUCAAAUGCCCAAGCUUUGUGCGCUUACAAAUUAAAUUGAGUACGUGCGUGGUGCGUUUUUUUUGUUGGGCCGAAUGCAAAGUACGACGACGGCGACGCACAGUUCGACCGCAACGCGACGUUGAAGUCAGUUUAUGUGUGUGUGUGUGUGCAAUAAAAAAACUACGAAUUGCGAAAGAGCAAAAAAGGCAAGACAUAAAAAAAGAAAAGAAAUAAUUCUAUGUUCAGCAAUCAAAAAAGCGUGGAAGAGAGGCCAAAGACUGCGUAAAACAGACAAAAGAGGCGCGCGCGGCGUGAAAUGCGCUAAUAAAGCAAUAACAGCCCAUCAUUUAGGGGAGGGGAGGGUUUGUCGUGUGAUUGUAUGCGUGUAUGCAGUGUUGCAUUUUGUGCGUGUACGGGGGGCCGGCUAAAAUCCAAUGAUGUCCGCAUUUGAGGAUGGCCAACAACAACAGCAGCAGCAACAACAAACUGAUUCUUCGCAGCCGCGCACUCCACUGAGACUUACUGAUGAAGGCGCCAACAACAACACUAGCAGUAGUAGCAGCGGCAGCAGCAGCAGCAGUAAAACCAACAACAAUAAUAAUUCCAUCAUGGGCAAAGUAAAAUUGCGCGUCUCUAGCAUACUUCCGGAUUCACUAAGCAAAUGGUUCUCACCCACUGCUGAUCUACAUAACAAUGCCGCAGGCACAGCGGCACAAGAAUCCUCGUCCUCGCAAAUGCAACAGUCGACGGCUCAGCACAAUGGUAGCACCUUGUUGACAACACAAAUUAAACCGAAACGCAGUCGACGUCGCAUACAAUUGGAACCAGAUGAUGCGCCCGAUAAUACCGUUGAUGAUGGUACUAGUGCGCAGGAUCUUAAUGAAGAAGAAGUCCAGCUGGCCGAUAAUAUAGCCGAACACGAUCUGGCCGGCGAGGAUGAGCAGACGCGUCGCAGCGAAUAUAAUGUUAAUUUAUUGCGUAAACGUCAAUUGAUCGCAAGCGAAGAUGACGACGACGACGAUGACGAGGAUGAAGAGGGCGAGGAAGAGGAAGAGGACGAGAUCGAUGAUGGUGCACAGCAAAACAACUAUCGAACGCAGCAGGCAAAUCGCAGUGUUAAUUUUCGCAGUAGUACGGCACAGCCGCUACAAAAGCGCAAGCGUAUGGAGCCGAUUGAAAAUACGAUUAGUCCUCAGUUUAAUGCACAGCAGCGUCGUCGCCCCCAGCUGCAUUCCUCAACGCCCGCUGUUAGCGAUGCGGUGCGCAGCCACAUUACACCGAAUCGCUUUUCAACGCAUUUGAACCUCUACGGAAACCAGCGUCAGCGUGAGCCCGCCUACAACUUCAUGUCCACCUCGUCCGGUGGCAACAGCAGCAGCACUAACAUCAACAGCAUCAGCGAAGCGGCUGUUGCCACCAGCGGUGAUUUGCCAAUGAGUUCGCGACGCUCAUUGAAUAUUGCGCCAAUGACUGAACGUCGCGAGACGGCGCUGCCCAGUUAUAAGCGACAAUCGCUGCUGGGUCAUCGCGGCUUAAUGCCCAACUGGCGCAGCUAUCAGACCAUCAGCGAGGAGGCACCCAACGAGGAGCAGCAGCAGCAGACAAACAAUAACAACAAUAAUAAUAAUAAUAAUAAUAUAAAACUGACUAAACGUAGCACAGAUUCUCAAUCUGAAUGCGAGAGUAAUGAGAGCCAGGCGGCUGGACGUAUGCACAACAACAACAACAUCAUCAGCAACAACAACAAUAGCAAUAGCAACUCAUUAUUUUAUGGUAACUUACAGAGCCGCAAAUCGGUGUUCAAUAGAAAUUCCGCCUCAUCAAUGCUGCAGCAGCAUCAACAUCAUCAUAAUUCAACAUUAUCGCUCAACUCACUAAAUCAUCGUCGCCGUUUCAACGCCUCAAUAUAUGGCAGCACAUCGGCACUGAGCGAUAGCCGACUGUUAAGCACCAGCAGCAGCAUCAUAUCUGGAAAUUCACCAUUUUAUCAGGGACCCACCGCCUUUGGCGGCAGUUCGGCAAACAAUCGUUGCUUUAGUCAAGGCAAUUUGCCAAACUUUAUCAAUUCGGGCGGCAGCUCGCCGGCGCCAUCGAAUAGCGAUAGCGUCUGCAGCAGCAGCAAUCCAUUGUUAAUGGGAAGACAACUAACUAUCGGCAACAAUGGUGGCAGCUAUGGCAUGAAGCCCCUCGAGAUGCGUCCCCGUGCCAAUCUGAGCUCGAUUGGCGCUGUCAACGAUAGCAGCGCCGCCAAUGUGCCUGGUCUAUCGUUGACAGCUCAACGUAUACUCAAUCUACUUGAGAAUCAUCGAACGCCUCUAAUGGAUGCUCAGAAAAUGGGCAGCACGCUGCGUGAACACAAAUUGCAGCGCAACUCCAGACAUUUAGCCAGCAGCAGCAACAACAGUAGCAAACCCUAUGCCUAUCCCAAUCAUUUAAUUGGCAGCAGCAGCAACAACAAUCGCAACAGCUCUGUUGCUGACUUCGAUGAUAGCUCCAAGUUGUUGGUGCCGACCAUGCUGCAAUUACUCAAACGUCGUCGCUUGAAUCGUGUGGCGCCUAGUACGCGUGCUUUAAUCGAUGCCAAGCAGUUGGAGGAGCAACAGUUGAUACACCGUCAACAGCAGACUGCAAAUUUGGCAGCUAACAGUUCCAAUACCAGCACAAUGUGCUCGGGCAGCCAGAGUCAUACGAAUAAGAUGCGUUCGCGUCUGUCCCAUCAGCUGCGCAAGGAUGCGCGCAAUGCGGAGGAACAACAGUUGCCGCCAGCGCCACUCGAUUUGCCCAAUAUACGUUUUCCGUUGAUGGCCAAUGAGCCGAAAUUCGAUUUAAUUAUUUCGCCGCCCAGCGGAUUAACAACUGCAACUGCAUCUGCUCAGCAACAGACACACAAGCAACUCAAGCUCAACAACAACAGCGGCGUCGGCAGCAACAACAGUCGUCGCCGUCGUUUUCUAUUUGCAACACCGAUGCCGCUUGCAUGCGCUGAACCUACCACGGCGUCUGCACUACCCCAAAAACGUGUUAAAAAACAAAUGUUAUAUAGAUUCUCGGCGCCCCUUGACUUGGAUGAGUCGCUGAUGUCUGCAACGCCCAAAUCGCUGCAGGUUAAUGGCGAAACAACCAACAACAGCAACGAUUACAAGUUGCCCAAGUCUACAGCAGCAGCAUCAACAACAGUUACAUCAGCUCCAUUGGUAGCAGCUGGAUUUGGGGAUCAGUUCAAGAAAGCCGUCAGCGAAUGGGAGUGCGAGGCAUGUAUGUUGCGCAACAAGCAGGAGUUGCAGAAAUGUGCUGCCUGCGAGACGCCCAAGCCAAAGGCAAAAGUAGCACCCGCAGCAGCACCAGCGCCAACGGGUGGCUCUGUUCCGCUGGGCUUCAGCGGCUUUGGAGCUCGCUUCAAACAACCAGCCAGCAAUUGGGAGUGCAACGCGUGCAUGUUGUCGAACAAGGAUGAGAGUGACAAGUGCAUUGCAUGCGAGACGCCGCGCAAAACAAACAGCAAUGCCACACCGGUGUGUAUGUCCAAUAUUGUGAGCAACAGCGUUAGCAACAGCAGCAGCAGCUUUGGCAGUAGCAACAACAACAACAGCAACAGUUUUACCACGGGCUUCGGUGAUGCCUUCAAGCGCCCGGCCAAUAUGUGGGAAUGUGGCAGUUGCAUGAUCAUGAAUCCGGCCAGUCUCAAUGAAUGCCUUGCCUGCCAGACACCCAAUCCGAAGAGCAGCAGCAACACCAACAGUAGCAACAGCAGCGUUGCCAACAACAACAGUUGCAGCUUCAAAUUUGGUUUUGCAGCAGCUGGGGCUGCAACAGCUGUUGAGCAGCCGAAAGCAGAUGCCGGCUUUCAACAACUGAUUGCGGCACAAAAGUCGAGCAGCUGGAAUUGUGAGGCAUGCAUGGCACAGAACGAUAUUAGCCGCAACAAAUGCAUUUGCUGUGAGCAACUGAAGCCAGGUGCAAGUGCUGAAACAACCGGCACUUCGGAUGUGCCCAAGUUUAUGUUUGGCUUCCCAGCUAAAGCAACAGCGGCAACAACAACUACGUCAGGAACAGCAACAACCAGUGUUGCUCCAGCUGCCCCGCAGUUCAAAUUUGGCUUUGCAGCAGCAGCAGCAACAGCUGGAAACGACGUGGCCGAUAGCAACAAGCCACUAUCAGCAUCAUAUGCAACAACAACGGCAGCACCAACCACAACGUCAAUCAACGCAACAACAACUACAAAUCUAAAUACUUUUAAAUUUGGCGCAGACACAGCUUUUAAAACAGUUGGCUUUAAAUUUGGCGCGCAAGCAACAGCACAGCAGCAACAGUUGGAAAAAAAGAGCAAUGCUGCAACGGUAACAACCAGCAGCGGGCUGGGUUUGUUUACGGCAACAGCUGCGACAGUUACGCCAGCAACAACACCAGCAACAUUUUCAUUUGGCAGCAGCAACAUUGCAGCAACAACAACAUCGGCAAACGUGGCCGAAGCGAAGCCCGCAGUCACCAGUUUGUUCAAUUUGGGCGGCUUUGCGCCAAGUACAGCUGUCGUUUCCAGCAGCAGCAGCAUCAGUACGCCAGGCACCGGCAGCAGCAGCACCUUUAAGCCAUCAACACCUAUGUUCAGUUUCGGCAGCAACAACAGCAACAAUAUCGUUAGCAGCAGCAGCAGCAGCGUAUCACAGUUAGCAGCAGUAACAAAGACAACAUCAGUGCUCUUUGGCGCACAGACACCAACAGUAACAGCAACAGCAACAGCUGCGUCUAUACCAAGCUUUGGGUCACCAGCAAUAGUUGCUACAACGGCUAGCUUUGCGGCCGCCUCAACAGCGCCAACAUUUGUCUUCGGCAGUCAAGCAGCUGCAAAACCACCAACAACUACCUUGAGCAGCAGCAGCAGCACCACCAGCAGCAACACCAACAAUUUCUUCUUUGGCUCGCCAGCAACAACAUCAACAGCGACAACAACAAUUGCAGCAUCACCAGCAGCAACAGGAAGCAGCGGAAUCUUUGGCUCCAUUGCAGCAGUUAAAAGCAGCAGCAGCAACAGCUUUAGUACACCGACCAGCAGCAACACACCGCUGUUCACCUUUGGCAGCGUCAGUAACAUUAGCGCCAAUGCCAAUGCCAACAACAACAACAUCAACAGCAGCUUUGCGAGUUCAUCAACAUUUAGUUUUGGUGGACCCAGGCCGGCGGCAACAUCGACAGCUGGCAAUCUGGGAGCAGCAACUAGCAACACAGCGGCAACAACAACAACAGCAAGCAACUUUGGGUGGCCCACAGCAACAACAUCGAAAGCAGCCACUCCAUUUGCAGCAGCAACUCCUUUUGCCAAUAGUCCUGCCACAAGUGCUGGAACAACCGCACCGUUGCACAUUUUUGGCAGCGGCAGCGGCAGCGGCAGCGGCAGCAGCUACUUGUUUGGAACAAAAACUACAAAUGCAAUGCAACCGCUGGCGGUCAGUUCGCCAUUUGGCAUGUCAGCAGCAGCAGCAGCAGCGCCGACAACAACCGGAACAGCAACAGCAGCAGCGGCGCAGCCCAAUGCUGGCAACAGCAGCGGAAAUGGGCCAAUAUCCACGGUCUUUGGCAAUCUGAAUAGUCCGUUCGGUGCGAGCACGGCUGCAGCAAACAGCGGCGGCAGCAGCAUUACUUCGCCGCUAACAAACAUAUUUAGCUCCAGCAACAAGCCACCAGCAGCAACAUCAAAUAUAACAGGCGCAGCAACAGGCGCAACAGCACCUAAAGUGGCAUUUAAUUUUGCUCCAGCAACUACGCCUGCAAGCGGCGUAUUCAAUUUUGGCUCGAAUGCCGCCGCCGCCGCUGCGGGCGGCAGCAGCAGCGCGCUGCCAAAGCCAGCGUUCAACUUUACGGAAGUGGCACCGCAGACAUCGGCAUUUAACUUUUCGGCGAAUUCAGCAACUGCUGGCAAUGCGGGCAACCGCGAUUUAUUUCCAAGAACGGAACGACUUUUCCAAUUUGGGGCCACUGGGCCAUCAGCGGAUGCUGGAACAUCAUCAUCCAUGAUGCCAGCAGCCAAUAAUCAAAUGUUCAAUUUUACCGCCUCAGCGCAGCAAAUGCAGUCAACGCCAAACGCCGCUCCGUUCCAAUUUAAUGCCGGUUCGCCCGCGCCAGCCAAUAUAUUCGCUUUCAAUCCACCAAACGCUGGCAGCGCCAUGCAGAAUCCUCGCCGGAAGAUACGCCCUCCGGCGCGUCGACUGCCGCCGCGGUAGAAAUGGAAAUUGGCGCAGCAGCAGCAGCAGCCGCCGCCGCCAACGAUGACACAACGGGACAACAAUUGACAACAAUGGGACACGGACUGGGAAGUGAAAGUGGAACUGUGGCGACGGAACGGCAGCAACUGUGGUACAACGACAACACCACAACGACGACUACUUGUGACAUUGGGCAGCAGCAGCAACAAGAAGCACACAGGACGGCGACAAGGACAACGGCGAGCUGCCCGCCUAGACAGUACUCGCCAAUGGCGAAGUUCAGCUUGCAGCGACGCAGCAGUCGGCUACAUGAGCGCCAGCAGCCAUUUUGUAAUGAUCUGCAGCGACGGCGGCAGCAGCAGCAGCAGCAGCAAAAACAACAAAGACUACUCAACAAAUAUCGGUUUGUUCGCAGCCCCACACUAGCAUCAGCAUCGGCAGCAGCAGAAACGGCAACAACAACAGCAGCGGCUAGCGUUGCCGGACAGUACACAUGCAACGCGCCGAGCAAAUGGCAUAUGUGCAAAACUAACUGUCAUACCAGCAUUGACUGUAAUAGCAACAACAAUAACAGCAGCAGUAGCACAGUCGGCGUCGCAGACACAGUCCCUGCCGCUUCGCCGCAUUUGCGACGCAGUCGCUACAAGUUGGUGCGCCGACGCAGCGCUGCCGACUGAGCUAGAGAGGAGAGUUAAAACACAACGAUAGCAAGAGAUGAGACGACUUAGCAGAACGACAGACUGCAAACAGUUAUACAACACUACUACAAACGGAUUGACGGAAAAGAACUUUUUGGAAAUCAUCAUUAUAUAAUAUAUAUACAUAUAUAAGUUUUUGUUUUCUUAUGAGCCUGCGCUCUGGUCAACAGCAACAAGUAUAAGAAGAACAAAAAGAAGAUGCGCAAGUCUUAUAAAAUUUUAGUUAUCUAGUUUCCUUUAUUUUUUUUUCUUAAAUUAACUCUUAAAUUAA